AAACCCAUCGGCGUCGCCAUCCCCGCUCCCCGGUGUGCCACGCCUAGGACUAGGAGCUCCCCGCACUGCGGCGACCUCUCUCCCUGCCUCCCAAUCUGCACAUCACCUAAAGCGCAACCAAAUGCUCUCCGCCACCAUCCCCGCGCACCCGGCCGCCGCCACACCGCUGCGGCGAAGGUACCGGCUUCGCCCUCGCCAGCCACUCUGCGCCCCAAUUGGCACGGCGGCGACGAGGCAGUGGAUGGCGACGACGAGGCUCUCGGUCACCAACGCGCUUGCUAACCUAUCCGUUGAGAGUGCCCCCGCGGCGCCUCCCAAGCUCUCGUUCCCGAUACUGGUGAAUAGUUGCACUGGAAAAAUGGGAAAGGCUGUUGCUGAAGCAGCUGUCUCGGCUGGUCUUCAGUUAGUUCCUGUAUCAUUCAGUGCCAUGGAGGUCCCUGAUGGAAAGAUUGAAGUAUGUGAUAGAGAAAUUUGUAUUCAUGACCCAUCUGAAAGUGAAAAAAUUCUCCCUUCCAUUGUUAAGGAGUACCCAGAUCUCAUAGUUGUCGAUUACACUGUGCCUGAUGCUGUUAAUGCCAAUGCUGAACUCUAUUGCAAAUUGGGUUUGCCAUUUGUAAUGGGCACAACUGGUGGAAAUAGGCAACUGUUGCACAAAACUGUGCUUGAUGCGAAUAUUUAUGCUGUGAUAUCCCCACAGAUGGGAAAGCAGGUUGUUGCUUUUCUUGCUGCCAUGGAAAUUAUGUCAGAGCAAUUUCCUGGUGCAUUUUCUGGUUACAAACUGGAGGUCAUGGAGUCUCAUCAAGCAACAAAAUUGGACAUUUCUGGGACUGCCAAGGCUGUUAUCUCUUGCUUUCAGAAGUUGGGUGUAUCAUUUGACAUGAAUGAGGUAAAGCAAGUUAGGGAUCCUGAGGAGCAGGUAGCUUUGGUGGGUGUCCCAGAAGAACAUCUCGGGGGUCAUGCCUUCCACAUGUAUCAUCUCACUUCACCUGAUGGGACAGUUUCGUUUGAGUUUCAGCACAAUGUAUGUGGCCGUUCAAUAUAUGCAGAAGGAACUGUUGAUGCUGCUAUGUUUCUCUACACAAAGAUAAAAUCUGGGGCGAGCAAGAAAUUGUAUGACAUGAUUGAUGUCUUGAGAGAAGGGAACAUGAGAUGAGAUCCAUGCUGACUUCAUGAGUGCUUAUGUACCAAUUUGCAAGCUCAAUUCCAAUGUGAAUUAGGCUACUUUUCCAAUGUACCAGCCUUCCCAAUGUACCAAUUUUUGUGUUAGUCACUUGCAGUUUUGGAUUGGCAGCUUCGAUGGCAGAAAAUGUACCCGCUCAAGUUCCAAACUGUUAGUGCAUAGGUUUUUACUAUGCACUGAGUCACAUCUAGCGAAAAUAAAUUACAAUUUGAUAUGGAGUGUAAAGGAAAGAGACAAUCUCUUUCUGCUCUGAGUCACAUCUACCCAAGUAUGCUUGCUCA